AACGGACGAGUACGUGCUGGUGGUGGCCUACGUGAGUGUAUUGGGUCAGUUCAUGAUCCGGGAACUAUUGGAGUCAGAAAACAGCAAGACACAUCGUAUUCUCAUUCGGAAGGAUCGCCUGCUGUUCAUAGUGUGCACAACAGACAACCAGCCCAUACAGAGUCAGUUGGAGAGUCGCUCGCAUGUGAUCUGUGAGCACUGA